AUGGCAUUUUAUCCCUUGCAAAUUGCUGGACUGGUUCUUGGGUUCUUUGGCCUGGUGGGGAGCCUGGCCACAACUCUUCUGCCUCAGUGGAGAGUCUCAGCUUUUGUUGGCAGCAACAUCAUCGUCUUUGAGAGGGUCUGGGAAGGCCUCUGGAUGAACUGCAUUCGGCAAGCCAGGGUCAGAUUGCAGUGCAAGUUCUACAGCUCUUUGUUGGCUCUCCCCCCUGUCCUGGAGGCAGCCCGGGCCCUCAUGUGUGUGGCCGUUGUUCUGUCCUUAAUUGCUCUGCUUAUUGGCAUUUGCGGCAUGAAGCAGAUCCAGUGCACGGGAGCCAAUGACAGGGCCAAAGCGUACCUGCUGGGGACUUCGGGGGUCCUCUUUAUAGUGACAGGAAUCUUCGUUUUGAUCCCAGUGUGCUGGACGGCCAAUAUCAUCAUAAGAGAUUUCUACAACCCCGCCGUCCACGUCGGUCAGAAGCGAGAGCUGGGCGCCGCGCUGUUUUUGGGCUGGGCCAGUACUGCAGUGCUCUUCAUCGCCGGGGGGCUGCUCCUGGGCUUCUGCUGCUGUAACAGAAAGAAGCAGAGAUUCCGAUACCCGACCCCUGCCUACAGUAUGCCACACAGAGACACACACAGGAACACGAACAUGGUUAGUAAGAACACCACCAGUUAUGUCUAA